UGGUGGUGGGUUUACACUUCUUACUGUUAAUCACCAAACACCCAACCGACCAACAUAACCCAACUAAAAGCUAAGUAUAGCAGUAUCACACAAGUAUAUAUAUCUCCGAAACCAUCCAAUAUUGUUCAUAUUGUUCAUAUGAUGGAUUAUAUUAACACAACGCCAACGCCGGCGCCGGAGAUGGAGUUACCGGGGUUUCGAUUCCACCCAACGGAAGAAGAACUACUGGAUUUCUAUCUCAAGAACGUGGUUUAUGGGAAGAAGCUUCCAUUUGAUAUCAUCGGCUUCCUCAACAUCUACCAUCACGACCCUUGGGACUUGCCUGGGCUGGCUAAGAUUGGGGAGAGAGAGUGGUAUUUCUUCGUGCCGAGGGACAGAAAGCAUGGCAACGGUGGAAGGCCCAACCGCACCACCAAGCAUGGGUUUUGGAAAGCCACAGGUUCUGAUCGUCACAUCCGAAGCUUAUCUAACCCAAAGAGGCUUAUCGGCCUCAGAAAGACCCUCGUCUUCUACUUGGGCAGAGCUCCUCGUGGGUCCAAAACCGAUUGGAUCAUGAACGAAUAUCGCAUGCCCGAUUCCAUCACCUCCUCAUCAUCCUUGCUCAAGGACAACAUAGUGCUGUGCAAGAUUUAUAGGAAGGCAACUUCCUUGAAAGUCUUGGAGCAAAGAGCGGCCAUGGAAGAAGAGACGAAGAUACAAGAAACCUCCCUGCCAUCUUCACCCAUGACCAUUGAUGCCGAAGUCUCAAUAUCUGAGCAACAAGAGAGCUUCGCAACUUCAACCUUAGAAUUGGACUUUUUGUUGAAGACCGAAGAAGUAGAAGAAGAUAAUGAACUAGUUCUUCAUAACCAUAAUUAUGAAAAGAAGAAUAAGGAAGAAGCAAAAGAAGCGAAGGCUUCGGCUUCCUUUGGAAUCAGACUACCAAAGGAUUUGACGGAACUACAAUUGCCCAAAGUCAGCUGCGAUUGGACACAGGACUCAUUCUGGACCCAGCUUCGUAGCCCUUGGCUAGACAACUGGGCUCUUACCCCUAUGUACUGAACUCCUCUUUUCCAAGGCGAUUGUGGACUUUUGGUGAACCAAUAUACCAAUCUGGGAGUCUUAGACUGAUUUUAGAUCUUGAUAAGAGGAAAUGUUCUUUUCUAACUUACAUGAGGCAGCUAGGAUUCAUAUAGGCCUGUGGUGUUUCAACCGAAAAAUAAAGAAAUGGAAGGUUCAUAUGGGUGGA